AUGAAAAACAUACAUGAAGGACUUUGCAAGAGAUGUUCUAACAAAAACUCCGCGCCCUACCACUCGUCUGCCGCGCUGGCUCAGUUUCCGGAUGACGACCGCUUCAAGAUCUACAAGGUCUUCAAGAAGCAUGUGAUCUCCAGUGCAGAUAUCACCCGGGGCGGCACCAAGACCAGCGCCAGUGGACUUGUGACCUCAAAGGCAGGUAAGAAGGCCAUUAGUGAUAACAUCGAUGCCCACAUUGCGGAAUUGGAGUCUGACAUCAAGAAGGAGGGCAGGUCCAAACCUACUGGUCCCAAGAAUGGGAAUCACAAAGACAAGAAGAAAGAUGAGAACAAGGAACUUCAGAAAGACAUAAAAGCGUUCCUCAUUCCCAAUCUAUAG